AUGCUGCUUCUGCCACUUCUGUUGCUAGCAGUUAUUGUCCCAGGUGGUGACAAUGAGGAUGCAUUCCAGGGGCCAACCUCCUACCAUGUCAUCCAGAUUUCGACAUUUGCUAACAGCACUUGGGCUCAAAAUCUAGGCUCAGGCUGGUUGGACGAUUUGCAGAUUCAUGGCUGGGACAGUGACUCAGGCACUGCCAUUUUCCUGAAGCCCUGGUCGAAGGGCAACUUCAGUGAUGAGGAGGAGGCUGAGCUGGAGGAACUAUUCCGAGUCUACCUCAUUGGAUUUAUUCGAGAAGUGCAGGACCAUGUCAGUGAAUUCCAGUUGGAAUACCCCUUUGUGAUCCAGGGCAUAGCAGGCUGUGAGCUGCAUACUGGGAAGACCACAAGAAGCUUCUUGCGGGGAGCUUUCGGAGGCCUGGAUUUUGUGAGCAUCAAGAAUGAUUCAUGUGCGCCAGCCCCAGAGGGCGGCAGCAAGGCCCAGCGUUUCUGUGCACUCAUCAUUCAGUACCAAGCCAUCUGUGAUACUAUAGCCAAGCUCCUCUUAGAAACCUGCCCUCGGUAUCUCCUCAGUGUCCUUGAUGCAGGGAAAGCAGAACUGCAGAGGCAAGUGAAGCCGGAGGCCUGGCUGUCCAGUGGCCCCCCUCCCCGGCCUGGCCACCUGCGGCUGGUCUGCCAUGUCUCAGGAUUCUACCCAAAACCUGUGCGGGUGACGUGGAUGAGGGGUGAGCAGGAGCAGCCUGGCACUCAGCAAGGAGAUAUCAUGCCCAAUGCAGACUGGANAAAGAAUCAAGAGGUUUUUAUUGCUCUCAGGGACUUUGAUAUCUGUGCUAUUUUUGAUAUCUGUGAUAUCUUUGAUAUUGAGUCAUAA